AUGACGAACACCAAGCUGCAGCUACCCCCAUACUUCAUCACGAAAUCUACACCUCACGUUCCAAAUUCUCCUCUCCCUGUGCUGGUCUACCGCUCCGUCCUACCCGCAAACCCCACCCCUGAGAACAUCUGUGGAGCCGUCGAACCGAACAACUGGAUGAAAGGCGGAGUCUUCAACCACUACCCGGCGCAUCAUUUUCAUUCUGUUACGCAUGAGCUGUAUGCUGUUUUCAAGGGACACAGUCGGUUGCUGCUGGGAAGAGGCCCGUUGGAUGCAGAGGUCGGGGUGGAGGUUGACUUGAGAGUGGGGGAUUGCAUUGUGCUGCCGGCUGGAGUGGCGCACUGUUGUCUGGAAAGCAGCCACGACUACGAGUACGUUGGCUUGUAUCCCAAGGCAACUUCCCCCCUCUUCGCCGCCUUUAUUCUCAGAGCUGAUAGCACACAGGGCAGUCCACACUGGGACAACAACUUCUGCAAGGCCGACGAGCAGGAAACGAAGCAGAAGACUGAGAAUGCCAGGGCUGUCCCGGUGCCAGAUUGUGAUCCCAUCUGCGGCGUUGGAGGGCCAUUGGUACAGACAUGGAAGGCUGCGGUGGGGAAUUGA